AUGAAUCGUCAUCAUCCAUACGGUGGAAGUUUCGACAAUGGCCCUCCUCCCCGCAAAGGCAGCUCUCCUUCUGGUCCAGGUCCCGACAGAUCUCAUCGUCAUCAAGACAGAGGCGGUGCACCUUUUCGUGGGAGGGGUGCACCGCCGUUCAAUCGUGGUCGAGGAGGAUAUGGUCAAUAUGAUGGUUCCAUGAACGACCACAGCGUCUAUGACCAUGCCCAAACCGAUAUGGGGCCCUACACUGAUUAUGAUCAGUCUCUCUCUCAACAUCCGUACUAUCAACAUAACGAGUAUCCGUCUGCUCCGCACGUCGCUCAGUAUGCUGCACCUCAGCCAUCAUAUAACCAAGGUUAUGCCAAAUUCGAAGACGGUGCAGGUGCAAACUUCGAUGGCGAGAACGAUUACGACCGCGCUCGCCGCCCUGUUAGAAAGGAACGGGAUGAUAAGGUGCACGACUCCAUCAUUGAAGAACGGAUACAGCGCGAACGUCCCUGUCGUACCUUGUUUAUCCGCAAUAUUAAGUAUGAAACGAACAGUGAUGAUGUUCGCCGCCAGUUUGAAGAACAUGGAGAAAUAAAAACCUUUUUCGAUCUGAUUUCAACAAGAGGAAUGGUAUUUGUAACUUACUUUGACUUGCGCGCAGCAGAGCGGGCUCGAGAUCGACUACAAGGAUCAGAGAUCAGUGGGCGACCUAUUGAUGUGCAUUAUUCUCUUCCGCGUGAUGAUCAAAGAGGACAGGAUCGUGAAAAGAAUCAGCAAUUCCAAGGAACUCUUCAAGUUACGCUCCGAGGUUCAGGCCAACCUAUUGAUGAUAAUGAGGUUCGAAGAAAAUUCCAACAAUUUGGAGAUGUAAAAUCAGUUAGACCUGUUGGGGAGCGGCCCGAUUCUCGAUACGUGGAGUUCUACGAUACUCGCGCUUGUGACGAUGCUUUCGACCGUCUGCGUCAUCAGGGUUUACAAGAUGGGGUAAUGGACAUCGUUUUCGCUUGGGAUGUAAACGACGGCAACGCAGGGGGGCCACAGGAACGAGGUGGCCGGAACUGGGAGGAAGGCGGUCGCGGAAUGAGGGGUGGGAGAGGACGAGGUGGAAGAGGCCGGGGUCGAGGUCGAGGGUUCGACGAAGAUUACGACCGUCGAGGAGAAGGAGAUCAUGGCCGCAUGGAUCGUGAAUCAAGAGGACGAGGAGGACGAUACGAAGAUGACAUAAGCGGUCGUGGUCGUGCAGGCGGUGGAUACAACGAUAGGUAUGACAAUUCUCGAGGCGGUUAUGGAGGUCCCGCUCCCGCAUAUGGAAACACCCCAGGUGGCUAUGGUAUGCCACCACAAAGUAUUUCGCAACCUGCCCCCCCACCACCUGCGCAGCCCGCCGCUGCAGCUGCCCCGGUCGAUGAUCGAUUAGAGCAGGCACGCAAAGUACAACAGCUUUUAGCUGCUCUUAAGCAACCCCCGACAGGGCCCACUCCAACUAGUGGGUCUUCCGCACAGUUACCCCCACCAUCAUCAGCGCCGAUGCCCGCACCACCCAACUCAACACCAUACUAUUCUCAACCACCCUCGUCAGCACUUACGUACCCACCAAAUAGUUCAUAUGGUGGGGUUCACCAACAGCCUCCACCGACAGCCCCACAGUCAGGUCAAGCACACUCGAAUCCUGCGCUAAAUGGACUUCCGCCCAAUAUCCUCGCGCUCCUUCAAGCUACCCAGCAACAGCAACAACAGCAACUACUAUCUGGGCCCCAGUAUGGGAUGUCUCCAGCACAAAAUACACCCCCACCUCUAGGCCCAGGCUCAACGCCUGCCAAUGCGGCACAAUAUCAACAGCUCAUGUCAUAUCUUCAUACUCAAGCGUCCGCAGCGGCAGCCAAGCACUAA